AUGAGCCUCUCCUUGACUUCAGCGGCGGUGUUUCCUCCUUUGAGCGAUUCUGGCUGGCUGACGGCGGAAGAAGCAGAUUUGCUCCAGCAGAGCAAAAAGAAGAUUAAAGGGAAUGAUGCGGAGGUCAGGGAGAAUGGAGCAGGGAGUUCUUAUAGUGAGAUGCUGAAGGGAAGAUUGGAAGGAAGUCGGGAGCAAGAUGAGGUGCCGAAGCUUGAAUCGCUAAGAUCAGAAAUCAAGGUGUUGAAGCACAAGAGAGGAGCGAUUAACAUACCAGAGUUUGUCCUGGCUGAGAGAGCCCUACAGCAGAUCAGGAAGCCUUUUCAGCUUAGCCUGAUUGUUAAGCUUCUAGGGGCAAGAAUGAGUAACCGAAUAAUGGAACAAAGAAUCCAGAAAAUGUGGGCUAAGAAAGGUUCAGUAUCAGUUAUUGAUCUAUCGAACGAUUUCUAUGUAGUCCAAUUUACUGCAAUAGAUGAUUAUGAAAUUGUAGUACUGGGAGGACCGUGGAUGAUUUCCGAUUCCUAUCUGACUGUGAGGCAGUGGAAGCCGAACUUUGACCCCUUGUCGGAGGCGAUUGAAGAAGUCCUAGUGUGGGUUAGGUUCCCGGAUCUACCUCUGGAAUACUAUGAGGAAGAUAUCCUUGAGGCGAUGGGUAAUGAGAUAGGACGAACAAUGAAGGUUGAUCUAUCUAUGUCAACGCUAGCUAGAGGAGGAUAUGCAAGGGUAGGAGUCAUGGUCAACUUGAAAGAGCCUCUUCUGCCAGUGUACAUUAUUAACAAUGUAGAGAGGCCUGUGACCUAUGAGGGAUUGCAUCUCCUAUGUUUCAAUUGUGGGAGAUAUGGUCACUUGGAGAAAGAGUGUCCCGGGGGAAAAGGGCAAGAUGAGGGAAAGGGGGAAGGUAUGGAGGCAGAGAAAGAACAGAAGCUAUACGGAAGCUAG